AUGGUUAACGAAGAUCCGGAUGAAAGUUUUUUAGACUUCUCAAUGAAAUAUUUGGACGCUGUUUUUGGAACUAGCGACACUCCUGAGCUAAUAUUGCCUCGCAUCGAAGUUAACGAUCUAAGCACUUCAAAACCGAUACAAGAUUCUUCUGUCACCACAAACGACACUAGUGGUGAUUUACAGACAGAACAAAAGGAAGUCCAGCCUCAAAUAACAUUCCAGCAAGAGAAUAGUACUAACGACAGUAAAAAACAUUCAUCAGUUUCAGUUACACCCAUACAAGCUAAAUACCCGACUGAUAUAAGAGAGACCAGCGCUAACAUAACUGGUGGUGAUUCAGAUUCUUCCCUAGGAAAACUAUUUCCCGGGUUAGUGGAGGCUACCCUCAAAAGAAAGUCUAUUAUAGGCUUAGAAGACGAUGACACAAGUGAUACAUUGAAUUCCGAGUCGAUCACAGGUGCGCUUCACAUUGAGACAGACAAUCCAUCGCACUUAUUUUGGGUCCCUGCGCAUCUUCAUCCAGAAAUAGCUCCAAACGAAUUUAGAAAAUGGUUAAAUAAUCAUGCGAAAGAUAGGUUUAAUACAGGAACGAGCUCUUUGAGGAGACGUAAAUCUGCCUUAUCUAGGCAAUAUAUACCAACGGAAAAUGACGAAGAUGAACAAUCAGAGAAAAAAAUAGGGCCCGAAAAAAAACGAAAUGGUUUUGACUGGAUGACAUUCGCCACAUCCGAGGAGAAAACAUCUGAACCAACAAAAAUUAAAACAAUACGAAGGAGUCUCAGCUUAAACAUGUUCCCUUUUGUAGGUUCCGAUACCGACCCUAAAGAUCCGAACAUAUUUGAUCGCCAUUCUUCUGCUACUGUAGAUUCACCUGUUCUCAUUCCUAGAAUGGCACCAGCACUUAAGCGUGCGGCACGCACAAAGAUUCGCCGGAAUUCAGUUGCUGGUGAACAAAAUCCGCGAAGAUUCUCCGCACACAGAAGAACAAAAUCAACUCACGUACUUUCCGACAAAGAUAAACAGAAUGGGAAUUUAUUACCAAUUAUCCCAAAAAACCCACCAGAAUCGCUACUUUCUAAUGUUUUAACGUUACCUCAAAACGAGGGAUCCGAAGAAACAGGCAAUGACGAGACAACAUCUACAUCAAAUGUUGUCGCUGAACCUGAAGGAAUUAAAAAUGAUAUCGUACUUGAUUUUAUAGAGUUAAAUGAUAGUUCUGGGCCUAUACGUAUUACUUUAAAAGAUGAUGGCCCUGCACCUGUAAGCGCUGCUGUGCCUUCUCCUCGUCGGACGAGUUCGCUUCCCCAAAGUACUAUUAAUAUGUCAGAUUCUUCACAAGGCCAUAUGCCAUCGCACGAUGAAGCAAACUUAUAUUCAGAUGCCAGCGGAAUAACAAAACCCUCCUCUAAAACGCUCCCAACAUCAGUCGCUUCAACACAAUCGAAACGGACAUCUACAUGGACAUCUUGGUUUUUCGGCGCUAAUUCAGAUGAGAAGGAAAAAGAAUCAAAAUUUAAAAAACCAAAAGCAGAAAAAGUUCAAAAAGCUGAUGGUGAUCUCAAUGAGUCUGGUACUAGAGAAAAGUCAUCAAAAAUAACGAUCUCAUCUAUUUUUUCGUGGUCCUCUCAAAAUAGAGGAAAAUCCACUGAAGAACACGGAACUUCAAAUGUGCUACUGUCUAGUCCUUCGACCUCUGUACUAUCAAACAAAAAACCGAAGUACACCAACUAUAAUCGUUUUCCUAUUCACGUAGAACGUGCCAUAUAUCGACUUUCUCAUAUCAAAUUAGCAAAUCCCCGUCGUCCUUUACACGAACAAGUUCUAAUUUCUAACAUGAUGUUUUGGUAUCUUUCACUCAUUAAUAAGCAACAAAUCGAAUAUGGAUCUGAAGUAAAUCCUAAUGCUGAAAAAGAGGCGGCAAUAGUAAAAAGUAAAGUCGGAAAGCAUAAUGUAGGUCGCAAACGAAGAAAAGGUGAAAAGAAAGGAUCACCUGAUGCUAGACGGCGUGGUGCAGGUUCAAGUGCAGAAAUAGCAUAUAAAACACCACAGUAUGAUAUACAGCAAAUUUCACAACAAUAUCUCACACCACCAAUGUCUCCUUCACAAGCAAAUUCACCGUAUACAUUAGACCUAGGUUAUUCAAAAGAAUUCGAUGAUUAUAGUGAUUCAAAUCCAGAUUAUUCGUGUGCAUAUGUAGAAGAUGCUUAUGGCCACCGCAAAUAUUAUCACUACGGAGAUGGGUAUAUUUCCGAUGGAACGGAUGGUGGAUAUCUUGAUGAUCAAGAUCGAACUAGUGUUGGAGUAGAGAGUAGCCACGUAGAAGGUCUAGUUUAUUAUGAUUCGGACGUGGAAAAUGUCGGCGGUGAGAGUAGUAAUAGGGCUGGCAGCUAUAAUUCUCACCGACCAGCUUCACCGAAUAGGCGGUCUCCUUCCCCUAAUGGAAGAUCUUUAAAUGCUCGUCCGUCACCGAACAAUCAACGUUCAACUAGUCCAGUAAGACCUUUAUCUCCAAAUUCUGGGAUAAGAAAUAAACAAUCUCCUAUACUUUCAGAUAACGAAAACGUGAAUAUAACAAAUCCAAUAAUUGAAGAUGAAGAUGACAAUGUACCCUUAG